AUGCAGGCAGAGGAGGACGAAAGGGAAUGCACCAAGAUUUCUGACAUGACGGGAGACAAGUACUACACAAUCUAUGGUGUGGUUGUGGAUUGGCUGGAGUGGAAAAGAUGCAGAGGAAGGGAUUUUAUGAUGACGCUGGACGUGACUGACGAGUGUAUGAAAAAGUUGUCCGUUAAGAUAUUCAGUCCAACAAAAAUCUUCUCCGAGGGAUUCUGCGUUGGAGAGGUUGUAAGGAUUGGAAGGCUAAGACUUUAUGACACGUGCAAGGCGGUGGUCGAUCGUAGCAACGACGUUGAGGUGGUCUUCACGCCCCACACAUCUCUGAGUAGCGGGAUUAGUCCAAGGAUCCAGCAGCUUGUAGAGCUCUUCCGUCAAAAGAGGAAGAGCCUUGUGAAGGAGAGGGAAAUAUCCGAAGUGGAGGAAGGCCAGUACUUUGACUUCAACGGGGAACUGAUAGACAAGCAGAGAGAAAGAAGUAACCUAAUUCUCCUGAGGUUUGUAGACUACAGCAUAAACCAGAAUGUUCAGGGUCAAGGGAGCAGUGAAGACUAUUCCAAGGACAUGGUUCUGACUGUAAAGGCAUGGGGACGCUUUGCCACCGAGGCCGACAAGUGCGAGAUUGGGGGGUGGUAUAGGGUCAGGAAUCUGAAGGGAGAUGAGGUGGGCUACCGCCUGUAUGCAAGCUUAUCGGAAUCAAGUAAGGGGAGCAUCUCUGAAAUAGGGCGGAAUACGACUCUCGGGAGAUAUCUCGGGAUGAAAAAGAAUAGAUAUCUUCGGGGGCUUGCAUCCAGGGAGAGAGCCAUUGAGGCGGUGGACGGAAUGGUAAAGCAAAGCAUAGUUGAGAUCAAGAGUAUCCUCUCUCCUGGGAUAUACAGGAUCCGGGUUCACAUAAAGAGAUAUGCGCCUUUCGUGGGAAUGGAAGCGGUUGUUUGCAAAGCUUGUGGGUCUGAACACAAGGAGAUAGACGACGUGUGUGGGUGCAGCAGGCCCGAGAUGAAGAGGGUCAAGGCCUUGAAGUUGCUGCUAUGGGAUGGAAGCUCGGAGCUGGUGGCCGUAUGUAGAAACAAGCUAGCGGAGCACAUACUCGACAGGAAGAGUAAUGAGUAUUUGAAUGGCAAGAUGUUCGAUUGCAUCAUUCUAAGCGUUAGGGAAGGAUUUGGGAUGGUCCACCACCUUGUGGACCUUGGAUUUUUCAGGGCCAAGAAAAAGGACUGUGCCGGAAAGAUUUGCCUAUACGAGUAA